CCUCCUUGCAGGUGUUGAUACUUUGGGGGUGAGAGGGAAAUGGACUCAGUUCCAGGAGCAGCUGCUGUUGAUCAGGCCUCACCCACGUUCCAGCCCCUCCCAGUCCUGCCCACAGGAGCCCCCCUUCCCCCAUCCUCAGUUUACACACAGGGAAGCUGGAGCUGGGCCACGUGGAGGGGGGAGGGGUGUUUCUGAUUCAGAGCUGGAGGAGCGGGCCUUCUGUCCUGCCACCUCUGGCCACUCCACCUCUCCCGCAUGAUGGCAUCAGACCACGCGGGGAGGGGAGUGAUUAAAUGAGAUGCCGAAGCUGUGCUCAGCAGGGACAGGGCGCUUUCUCAGCGGCUUCUCACCCUCCGGGGGCAGCCGGAUGCAAGGACUGGCCCCUUGGGGCCGCACGCACCGGGCUUGGAGUCCAGGCUGUGCGCGCUCGACCAGCCCUCGUGGGUCCGGGAGCCCCUUCGCGCCCCCCGCGCCCACCUGGCUCAGCGUGCUGUCUGUCUCUCCCACCCCCAGGCUACGAGGGCGUGAGCGAGUUCUUCGCGGACCUCCUGAACCACAUCACCACCGUGCUGCAGGGCCAGAGCGCGGCCGCGGCAGGCAUGGGGGACGUGGCCCCGCUGAGGCACAGCAGGCUCCUGGCGGAGCAGGCGGGCGGCCUGGCGGCCGAGCGGACGUGCAGCGCCAGCCCCGGCUGCUGCAGCAGCAUGAUGGGCCAGGAGCCGCCCUGGACGGCCGAGGCCGACGUGGGCGGCGUGGGCGCGGGCAGCACCUCCAAGCUGCCGCACCAGAGACUCGGCUGCACCGCCGCCGUGUCGCCCAGCUUCCAGCAGCACUGCGUGGCCUCGCUGGCCACCAAGGCCUCCUCCCAGUAGCCACGGGGCCCGGGACCCUGAGGGGCGGUGCGGGCUGCAGAACACACACGCUGGGCGAGCAGCUCCCGACGGUGACGCUACUACUAAGAAUUCCCAAGGAUCUGAUUCUCCUUCUCCUUUUUUUUUUUUUUUUUUUUUUUAAUUUUUAACCUGAUUCUCUGAUGUCAUGAUCUACAUGAGGGGUGGGGGUGGGGACGGAAGAGAACCCCAAGUGGUCCAGCCUCGCGGAAGAGGGACAAUCCCGCCUGAUUCCUGCUGUGCAGAUCUCUCCACUGAGUUUACACACGCUUGUGUUUUCAACACUAGGUCUGAAUGUGAGGUGGGGUGUGCAUGCGUGCGUGUGCGUGGGUGUGCGUGGGUGUGCGUGCGUGUGCGUGGCCGCCGUGCGUGUGUGAGUGCCUGAGCACGUCCACGUCUGUUCUUCUCAAUGGCUGCUGUGGCCCAGGCCUCGGGGACCCUGGAGCAGGCCAUCCCUGGUCAGGCUGUCGGCGGCUGAGCAGAGCCAGCAAACGGUUGCCCGUCUCUCUUCUCUCCAAGCCGCCGCGCCAGGCCCGGCCCCGUUUCUCUUACCGCUGGCUUCAAGCCCCAUCCGGUGCGCAGCUGCCCCUCUCGAAAGCAGGAGCCAGGGGAAGCAGGAGGCCCCAGCUACCAUUUCCUCGGGGAUUCCACGCAGGGAGUCUGGGCCGUGGUCCACCAGCUGCCCGCUCACGAAAGCAGAGGAGGAGGAGGCUUCCCUGGGAAGGCCACAGCCCUGGGUCGGCUGCCUCUCUCCACGUCCAGCUCCCUGGAGUCCACUAGGCCCGUCAGCUCGUGUCCCACGCAGCCCUGCAACGGGGCCUCCUUCCCUGACCAAGCGCCGCUGCUCCCUGGACCCGGGAGGAGCCUGCCUGGUUGGAAAACUCUGGGCUGAUCUCGCUUGUGCCAAGGAUUUGUGCUGUGACUUUGGGCCAAUCAUUCCAAGAGUCGCCGGGCAGUCAUGAGCAGGGAACUCAAGGGCAGGCUUGACGCCCUAGCCCCUACAGUGCAGCCUGUGUCUCCGUGACGUCAACCCAGAUGAGCGUCUCCUUGGCAUCGAGGCGAUUUGGGGCUCUCCCCCCAGGCAGGGGGAGGCUGCGCAUUGCUCCACACCUGCCCAGAAGGCCUGAUCCACCCCUUUCAUGCUCACUGCCAGCCCCCAGCACUAAGCCAGCCAGGUGCGAGGGGGCUUGCAGCCCCAGAGGUGAGAGAGCACAUCACCCGCUUCUCCUAUUAGAGUCACCCCAGCCCCUGAUGGCAGCAGACAGACCACCAGCUGAUCAGUCCAAUCCCGAGGUCCGGGCAGGCCGGCAGCCCCCUUCGCAGAGAAGGGGAUCAGUGAGGGCCUUUGUCAGUCCUCGGGCGGUGUGACCAUCCGGCGGGAUGCAUAGGACCCCCUGAGCAUGGCCUUGUGUCUUCAGCUAUCAGUCCCUCUUGAGGAAGAGGAACAGGCCUCUGGGCCAUCCUGCGUGGUCCAGGGAGGAUGGACUGAGAGCGGCUGCCGAGCUGGGCGCUCAGAGACACCUUCAGGCCUGGUCAGCAGGGACGUGGCGGUCGCCCACUUUGGGAAAGGAAGGGCUGGGGUCGGGGGCGGCUGCCGUCAGAACUGCCCAGCUGUCCUAGAAACCACGGGCCCUCCGACCACCGUGUUUACACGACUUGAGUGUUGAACCCUGAUUAUAAUGUCUGUACGUCGCCUUUCCUAGCCUAACCCCAAGCGCCGGGGGAGCAGGAAAGCGUGGCCGGCCUCUUGCACUGCUUUGUCUCCAAAAUAAACUACUGAAAUCAAA